CCGCGAUAACUCUUACUGUCAAAUGCAAACAUUUAAUGGCGAGUUGAGUCGGUAACGGAAUAAAUUCAUGCUUAGAAAAGGACGAAUUCAAGACUUCCAUAUGACAACCGACAUUAGUCCUUACAUAACCAAAUAUUUCUUGUGGCUCUGACCCUCGAUUUGUGUUUCUUUUUUCGUUCAUUCGUCGUCAUAUUCGUCUUCGAAAUGGGUAACUCCAACAUCAAACAACACAUUGAGACAGCUUCUAAGACUGGUGCCUGCCAGCUGACACUUCGUAAACUGAGGGAACUGCCUCCAGAGCUCAUGCAACUUUCAAAAACCCUACGAACUCUAGACGUGUCCAACAAUAACCUCCAACGUUUGUGCCCACCCGACCUGGGUCAGUUUACAAUGCUGAAACAGUUGACCGCCAGCCACAAUUCUCUCUGCCAGCUUCCUGACGCUGAACUCAAACAUUUAAAGAAGCUCGAAUGUCUUUCUGUUGAUAACAACUAUCUCACCCGAUUACCCGCUUCACUGGGCAGCUUGACCGCGUUAAGGACUAUUAAUUUGUCCAACAACAAAAUUGAUGUUUUCCCCGAACAACUGUGUCAGCUUCUAAACCUCGACUCUGUCAACUUGUCUUGCAACCAUAUCACUCGACUGCCUUCCAGCAUCAACAGUCUCCAAGCUAUCGAACUUAAUUUAAACCAGAACCAGUUAUCUACAUUACCUGAAGAUAUUGCUGACUGCCCACGACUAAAAGUUUUGCGCCUCCUGGAAAACUGUCUUGAUAUAUCUGCUUUCACACCAAAAAUCAUGAAAAACUCCAAAAUUUCUCUUCUCUCUGUUGAUGGAAAUGUUUUUGACAUGAAAGAUUUCUACAACAUUCCAGGAUAUGAAAAUUAUAUGGAACGAUUUACUGCAACAAAAAUGAAAUUCAAUUGACCUUCAAGAAGCAAUUGUCAUUUUCCAUGUGCUGCCUCUACUUCCACUCUUACUCUCAUAUGAGCCAUCUAUUUUUCUUUGUUUUCCUUUUUCUCCUGCUAAAACUAAUACAUGCAUACAUACAUACACACAUACAUUAACAUGUGACAAAUAAUAGUAUUUUCCUAAUGCCUAAAAAUAAACAAAAGAAUUCAAAUAUUUAUUGUUAUACACGCUGUAACACAUAGCUGUACCCACACAUAUACAUACAUAUAUCUGUGUGUGUAUAUAUAUAUAUAUAUACACACACACA